AUGAAGAAGGAAACCUCCAAGCCAUUGUGGAGAAGUGAUGUCACAACAGGAAGAUACGCAUACCCGGCACGCAAAUAUCCCCACCUCAAGAUCGUUAACACGUGGAAGGUCGUAAAUCGAAGCCCCGGUGGAUCUAAUCAGGAAAUCGAUAAUGAUGCUAACACAAAGCAGCCUUCGAAAGGCGAAAUAUCCAACGACACAUCCUCCGCAAAUCUCGAAAAAGAUGAUAAAAAUGCUUCAGUCGACUCGAAUGAUGGUUCGAUUGAAGAAGAUUGCCAAAUAAUCAAAGCAGAGUUUGAGCCUUCUAGCCAGGAACCGGAUGAAAUUGAAGCACUCGAAGACGAACACCAUUCCGAUGAUGAUCCGGUUAUGAUUGACGAUUGCGAGAACGAGAAUUUGUCCGAAUCCGCUUUUGACCUGAACAAACUCGAAGACCAGCAGCCUCAAAGUAUGGAAGAAGACGAAGAGGAGGAGUACAUUGUCCAUCCGAGUGGAGUUAUCUAUAGUUCCGAUCAGAGCAGCGAUUUGGUCACAGUGGAUCAUCAAGCAAUGUCGGACAUUAUCUCUGAUGGAGAGUCGUCUGAUAUGAGGGAGCUAGUCGAAGUUUCGGCGAGUGUGUCCGGCGACAAUGCAGCUCACGCGACGGAAUACGUACUACAUCUGUGUGACCAAUGUGACCGAUCUUUUGGAAAUACUCAAACCCUGAAGGCGCACAUGGCUGCCCACGAGCGCAACUACAAGUGCAGCUUUUGCGGAAAGUUAUGUCCAACCGCCGUUUCACUAGCUGGACACGAAAAUACCCACACCAAGGAUCAACCCUUUCAAUGCUCGCAAUGUGGCCGGAAUUUCGCCCAGUACACCAGUAUGCGCAGGCACAUGAAGAUCCACUUCAACGAGAAGGCAUACCAGUGCGACUUCUGUGCGAAACGGUUCCGCCAGAGGACGGUGAUGUUAACCCACCGGAGGAUCCACACUGGGGAGAAACCCUUUUCCUGCGGGACUUGCAACAAAACGUUUCGCGAUCACAGCACACUGGCGAAGCAUAAAAGGAUUCACGAGAAGAAACCACCUGCCAACAAGAAUUAG